UCCCGCUCGCCCGGCUCCCGCUCGCCCGCCUCCCGCUCGCCCGCCUCCCGCUCGCCCGCCUCCCGCUCGCCCGCCUCCCGCUCGCCCGCCGACGUCCUGGAGGAGCUGCAGCUGAUCGCGGCUCAGAACCUGGAGACUCUGGACAUCAGCCGGUACUACCAGGUGGUCCGAGAGCUGGGCAAGGGAACCUAUGGGAAGGUGGACCUGGUCAUCCACAAGAUCCGAGGCACCAAGAUGGCGCUGAAGUUCCUGAGGAAGAAGAGCACCAAGCUGAAGAGCUUCCUGCGGGAGUACAGCGUGUCGCUCUACCUGUCGCCCUGCCCCUUCAUCAUCAACAUGUUCGGCAUCGCCUUCCAGACUGACGACUUCUACAUCUUCGCCCAGGAGUUCGCGCCGGCGGGGGAUCUGUUCGACAUCAUCCCGCCGCAGGUGGGACUCCCUGAGGCCGUGGCGAAGCGCUGCGUCCAGCAGGUGGCCAUCGCCCUGGACUACCUGCACUGUAAGAAGCUGGUCCACCGGGACAUCAAACCGGAGAACAUCCUCAUCUUCGACACCGAGUGCAGAAAGGUCAAGCUGUCGGACUUCGGCAUGACGCGGCCCGCCGGCUCUCCGGUGAAGCGCGUCAGCGGCACCAUCCCGUACACGGCGCCGGAGCUGUGCGACGCGGCGCGUCACGACGGAUUCAGCGUGGACUUCAGCACGGACGUGUGGGCGUUCGGCGUGCUGCUGUUCUGCAUGCUGACGGGGAACUUCCCCUGGGAGAAGGCCAUGCCGAACGACGCCUUCUACGAAGAGUUCGUCCGCUGGCAGCGCCGCCGCUCCGGCGCCGCGCCAUCGCAGUGGCGCCGCUUCACGGACGAAGCUCUGCGGAUGUUUCGCCGGCUGCUGUCCUUCGAGCAGCAGCGCCGCUGCGCCGUUAAAGAAGUCUUCAGCUACUUCAACCACAGCUGGAUGUUGGACACGGAGAACGGGAACGGCGGCGCGGCGACCGCCAACGCCGUGGACAUCAGCUCGUCUUCGUCGGAGGAGGACGCGCUGGUGGACAGGCUGAAGCAGCAGAGCCUGUCGCCCGCCUGCGCCUCGCCCAAGCCCGGCUGCAUGGACGCCCACUUCGCCUCAAACGGCGAGCGAGUCAACAGGAGCAGCAGCGACAGGAGGCGGAUCCUGGUGACCACGCCCAUCGAGAUCUGCGUGUAGAGACGCAGCGCCGCCGCCGAAGAUUUCCCCGACGUGAUGACGUCAUGACAGAAGAGCUGGAAUUAGGUCGGCACCGGAAAAUGGCCGCCAGCCUGUUGUCGCUUCAGCGCCGAUCCGACCCGACAGUUUCCGAUGACGGAGGAACCGGAAGAAAGUCAAACGGUGACGUUCUUUCAGUUCCGGAAGCAGCAAAACCUGGAACAUGAAAGAAACCAGGAAGCUGAGAAAGACGUGAUGAAAACAGUGACUCGUGUUUACCGUCGUGUUUCUGUGAAGUGAGUCUUUAUUGAUCAGAUUAAUAUAUUUAUGGAUUGUUUGUGACGGAAAAGAUCUGAAGUUUAUUUCCUUUAAGGGAAAUAAAAAUCUGUAAUUUAGUAGUAAAAUGGAGGCAGAAUCAUUCUGACGUUGUUUACCGUCUCAUGUUAAUCAACCACCAGUCCUCCCAGUUCAU